AUGAACCAUCUGUGUUUUUAUUCACUGCUCAUGGGUAAAGAGUCUAAAAUGAUUCUUCGCUGGGCUGAUAUUACAAAACUGGAACAGGACAAUAAUAUGUUCUUGCUUCCUGACAGUAUUAAAGUCUCCACAAGGGAUGCAAGCCACUAUUUCUCUAUGCUGCUACACAGCAACGAAACUUUCAGCAUCAUGGAGCAGCUAGCCAAUUUGGCAAUGAAACAACUUAUGCAGGAGCCAGGUUUUCAGGAGGACAAAUCAUUAGUGGCCAAACUGAAAUCUGUUAAAAAGAGACGAAGGAUAUCUAUACUGAGGAGAGACUUGGAUGCUAAAGCACGCAGUGAAAAAUUCAGGUUGGCCUUCCAGCUGCCAGUGACUGAGAAACUGGACAGUGACAUGGAGUGCACAUUAUGGGCACCUUACAACAAGCAACAUAUUGGAGGCCGGCUUUACAUCUCAAACAACUUCAUGUGUUUUGCCAGUAAGGUUGCAGACCUUGUUAAAGUAACUAUUCCACUGAGGGAUGUUUCUGUUCUGGAAAAGAUCGACAACUCAGUGUCUGGAAGUCUCAUCAACAAGGCAAUAUUAGUGACCACAAAGAGUAAGGUCAAUUUCACAUUUUCGGAAUUUCGCAACCGCGACCUGGUGCUUGAGAAGCUGUCUGAUUUCAUAUCCAUGCAGCCAAUCAUACGAAGGUAUCCUGCACUGCUGAGCAUGUUUGCUGGGACAGAGAAUGUGGAGCCUUCGGCUGCAGACAGAGCACGAGAAGCAGCAAAACAACAUAUGUGGGAUUUAAAUUUUGCUGAGUUUGGCAGAGGGGUGUCGAUGUAUCGGACACCAGAGACCCACCAGCUGGUCAUCAGAGGUAUCCCAGACUGCUACAGGGGGGAGAUGUGGCUGGUAUUCUCUGGAGCUGUCAAUGAGAUGGCCACCCAUCCUGGAUACUAUGCAGACGCUGUGAGACAAAGUCAGGGCCAUCCCUCAGCAGUCACUGAAGAAAUAGAGAAAGAUCUAUACAGAUCUCUCCCAGAACAUCCUGCAUUCCAGAGUGAUCAUGGGAUUGGGGCCUUGAGACGAGUGCUGACUGCAUAUGCUUGGAGAAAUCCAACAAUUGGUUACUGCCAAGCCAUGAACAUUGUAGCCAGUGUGUUACUGCUGUAUGUUAGUGAAGAGGAGGCAUUUUGGCUUCUGACGGCCAUUUGUGAGAGGCUGUUGCCAGAUUAUUACAACACCAAGGUGGUUGGGGCUUUAAUAGAUCAAGGUGUGUUCCAGGACUUGGUCUAUGAACAUCUCCCUGCCCUGUAUAACAAGCUGGAUGUUCUGGGUCUUCUAAACAUGAUCUCAUUAUCAUGGUUUCUCACCAUUUUUAUCAGUGUCAUGCCAUUCAGCUGUGCUGUCAACAUCCUAGAUUAUUUUUUCUAUGGCGGAGCCCGA